GGACAGCAUAAAUGGCCUCGGUGCCUGGCGAGUGAAGGAUGGGCUCCACGGUAUCACAGCCAUGGCCAGAUCCACCAACAGAACCGCCGAGGACGGGGACCCGCGAGUAACCGCCCACACGGACCGCGUCGAGGCGCGGGACCUGGCCGAGCCCCGGGAACUGUCUUUGGAGGAGGUGCUGAAGUCUUACGAGCAGCCCAUCAACGAGGAGCAGGCAUGGGCGGUGUGCUACCAGUGCUGCAGCGGUCUGAGGGUGCCCCGCCCGCCGGCUGGGAGAGUCAGCCGUGUGAAGGAUCCGUCCUCCAUCCUCCUGCACAGGGACGGAACCGUGUCAUUGCAGCAGGAGCCCCAACACAACGAUGCCACUGAUGAGCCUCCUCUUCCACCUGCCACAGAGCGUCAGCUGGUCCAGUCGCUGGGUGUGGCCAUCUACCGCGCUCUGGACUGGGGGCUGGACGACAGCGAGGAGCGGGAGCUUACCCCGCAGCUGGAGCACCUCAUCGAACUCAUGGUAGGGGGGGACCAGGGCGGAGAGGGCGACAGCACCGCCGGGAACGGUACAACAGAUGAGGGGUACAGUGGCCAGGAAGAGGAGGAGGAAGAGGAGGAGCAGGAGGGAGUGAUAAAGCCGGUGUGCACAUUCCGCCAGGUGAUGUCGCUGUGUGCGUCUCGGCUGGCCAACCCAUGCCUGGCUCCAGAGCACUACCAGGCUGUCUGCAGGGCUCUGUUUGUAGAGACUCUGGAGCUGCAGACCUUCCUCAUCAAGAUCAGAGAUGCGAAGGAGAUGCUGAAGAAGAUCACAACAGAGGAAGCUUCGGAAGACCGGUCUACAGCUGAGCUGGACGCCCUGAAACACCGAGACUGGGCACGUCUGUGGGUGCAGCUGAUGAAGGAGCUCAGGCAGGGAGUGAAGCUGAAGAAGGUGCAGGAGCAGCCGUUCAACCCGCUGCCCACCGAGUUCAGCCUCACGCCUUUUGAGAUGCUGAUGCAGGACAUACGAGCUCGCAAGUUCCAGCUACGCAAAGUCAUGGUGGGUGGUGACAUUCCUACCAGAGUGAAGAGGAAUGCCCAUGAACUGAUACUGGAUUUCAUCAGAUCAAGACCUCCACUUAAACCAGUUUCAGAGCGCAGCCUCCCCCCUCCUCCCCCACAGCAGCAGUCUCUUCAUGACCUGGUCCUGGCUGAGAUCAAGCAGGAAAGAAAGCUCAAACCUGUGUCCCCGCCCAGCUCCAGACCAUUUGGCUCCCUGCCCUGCCUGGCUCAGACCUGUCCUUGUAAUGUCAAAUCUACUUCGUGCAUCGACUUGUCCGUGUCAGAGCCUGGGCCCCGACCGUCAUCCCGCCCUCGCAUCCUGCUCAAGGCUCCGACUCUGGCCGAGAUGGAGGAGAUGAACAUAUUUGAGGAGGAGGAGUCCCCAGACGGUGGGGAGCUGAGGAGGGAAGAGAGCUCCCCCACACCUCUGAAAAGAGAUCGCUCCUUCUCAGAGCACGACCUGGCCUUGCUCCGUGGUGAAAUGCUUCCUUCGCUCUCUGAGUCGGCCCAGCUGGACGGGACGGUCAGGCUGAGGGGUGAGAGACCGCGAUCCAGGACACUGACCGGCGCCAGGCCGCCUCCUAAUUACAGAGCUUCCUUCCCAGUUCACGGCUGGGUGCUGCCCUCUCCAGCCCGCCUGUCUCUGAGUUCAGUGGACGAGACCACAGAGGGAUCAGAAACGACGUCAGGCUCCAGGGCCGGAGACGAGCACCAGUGGAUGGAGGAGUUCAGCCACCCUGUGGAGAGUCUCGCCUUAACGGUGGAUGAGGUCAUCAAUGUGCGCCGAGUGCUGGUCAAAGCAGAGAUGGAGAAGUUUCUUCAGAGCAAAGAGCUCUACAAUAACCUGAAGAAAGGAAAGGUUUGCUGCUGCUGCAGAGUGAAAUUCCCUCUCUUCUCAUGGCCGUCUACCUGCCUACUGUGUAAAAGAUCUGUCUGCAACUCCUGCAGCGCAAAGAUGAAGAUCCCCUCAAAGAAGAUGGCCCAUAUUCCUGUGUACACUGUCGGCUUCCACAGCACUCCAAAGAGCCACGGACACAAAAGCCAAAUCUAUAAGUCGCUGCGCAGCUUAUCCCGCCGCUCAGUGGAGGAGGAGUUCCCCCACCUGUAUGCUCACGGCUGCACGCUGCGCGACGUCUGCGCCGAAUGCACCAAAUUCAUCGCCGAUGUCAUUUCCUCCAGCCGCCGGAGCCUGGACAUCCUCAACAACACUCCCAAGAGGGAGGCCAACGCUGCUGCUGCUGCUGCUGCUGCUGCUGCUGCUGCUCGGAGACCACAGCUGCAACGUCAAUCCCACCUCGAGACUUGUCCUCAGCCAGACCCUCAGUGUCACCCUCCACCUCGCCCACAGUCUCAGUGUCACCCCCAGCUCCCUCCGCAGUCCCAUCAGCAACAGCAGCGGCUUCAUGGGUCACUGCCGUGUCCUUCACCGCAGCUCCACAACAAGACCAUCAACAAUGUGAACCAAUGAGAAGACUGACUGACACUUCCUCUUUCUGCCCACACACACACUCCUUUAUGAGUUGUUCUCCUGCACGGCACUGUGCGCACACACACCUGCACAGAAUAAGUAGGGUUCUUUAAGGGUUGUAGUGUUUACAUGCACAUCAGUAGUAAGUGAAAGAGCCAUGUGAUUGGUUUGACUGAAUAUAAAUAAUAAAUGAGAAUACAUAAUCCAGUGAGGAUCCUUAUUUCAGUAUUGCUGGGUUGGAGUAUUACAUGCGUUAUUUAACGGCUAUGCUAUCAUAUAAACAUUUUCUGGAGCUGUGUCGAGCCCUUUUUAGUGAGAAUCUAGCGACUCUAAACCACCACCACCUCAAACGCCAUGCAGUUCCCAACUCCAUUAUCUUCCAUAUCUCACCAUCUCACCCAGCAGAUGUGCUGACACACACACACACACACACAAAUACACACAAGCACAGAACCCCCCCUAGUCACUUUAAAAGGCUUCAAUGAGACGCUGCCCUGUCUGUGUCUGCCUUAUCUACAGCGCCAUGACUUCACUCCCUGGUGCUCACAGCUGCUGGGAGGCAAGCAUAUGGAAGGAGAGGAAAGUACUGGUGGUCGGGGGAGUGUACGGUGUGAGAGAGAGAAGGUGGAGGUGGGGUUGGAUGGUGGUUGUCCGAGGAGGAUAAAAGCUAUGCAGCAUAGAGUCAACAUGUAACCCCAGCAUUUUAGCUCUUUGUGGUUGCCUUGUUUUUGUCAUGAAUGUAACUUAGAGACACAGAAACAGAAUUGUAAAAUUAUAAGCUCGUACACAGCGUAGUGUCAUUUAUUUUUAAUCAUCCAAAAAGGGAUUUGUAACAAGUGGCUGCUGCAUAACGAGGCCUCUUUUGCAUUUACAGCUUGUGAAGUCCCAGAUUCAGCUGGAGAAGGAUAGAUAGCGGCGACACUGUGAAUGUAACGGGUGAAGCUGCAGACUGCACCUUCAACUGACGCAGCAUGAUGAUGCUGAUGUGAAGCGAGC